AUGCCGUUAACUAAUGAGACAGAUGAACCAAGUGUAUCCAAGAAUGAUCUUGAACUGGAAGAAACAGUGCUUGCAUUAAAGCGAGAAAAACGAGCAAGAAAAACAAAUGUGACAAAAAUUAGACAUAACUUAGAAAAAUUGUGUGCUCAGAAGAGUAAAUUAAAUCGUGGUGAAAUCGAAGCUGAAAUUGAGGCUUUGUGGGAUGCAUUGGAAACAGGCUUAUCUGUGAUGGAUGAAUUGUGUUCAACUUAUAUCAAAUCCAACCAAGCUGAAGCUAAGGAAGCUAUUCUAAAAGAACAGGAAAACUUUGAAUCAGAUGGACACCAGACUGUGGAGAAAGCACAACAAGUAAUCAAAGAAUACUUAUCAAGUAUUUCUGAACAAGGACAGAAGUAG